AUGAGCGUCGACGUCCCUACCAAGGCCCUUCCAAGCGGAGCCAGUAUCCCGAUGAUCGGACUCGGUGUCUACCAGUCCGAGCCUGGAGCUGAAACCUACAACGCCGUCCUGACAGGACUGAAGCUGGGUUAUCGCCAUAUCGACACGGCCGAGAUCUACGGAAACGAAGAGGAUGUGGGUCGUGCUGUGCGUGACUCCGGUAUACCGCGAGAGCAGAUCUUCGUUACCACGAAGCUCUUCACCUCAAACUGGGGCUAUAGCAAGGCGUUGACUGCCGCCAAGGCCAGCAACGAAAGGCUUGGUCUUGGGUACAUAGACUUGUACUUGCUACACGCUCCCGGAUCACCGGAGGAACGUGUCGAUACAUGGCGUGCUGUCGAGGACCUGCAUGAACAAGGAAUACUAAGGGAUAUCGGUGUAUCCAACUUUAACGAAACUCUCCUGGCGAAGUUACUUAAGACCGCUCGCGUGAAGCCUGCAGUGAACCAAGUGGAGCUGCACCCGUGGAUGAUGCGCUCGUCGCUGGUUAAGUACUGCGAGGACAAUGGGAUCAUCAUGGAGGCGUAUUCACCGCUCGCGAGAGCUACUAAGAUGGAUGACGCUGCUUUGGUGUCAAUUGCCAACGAGACCGGAGCUACCCCGGGCCAAGUGCUGGUAGCGUUCAGUGUCGCCAACGGAUUCGUGACGCUGCCCAAGUCCGUGCACGAAGAGCGCCUUAAGAGCAAUCUGGAGGCAGCCAAGUUCAAACUUUCGCCAGAGCAGGUCGCCAAGCUGGCGUCACCCGACUCGUACAUUCGAACCGCUGGCUGGGAUCCGGUCAAGGACCAGAUCGAGUAAAGCAGUAGUAAAGACUCUUGUCAAAGACGCAGUAUCUUGGAAUCAUUAUCGCCAUCCUUCACCCGCACAAUUUGCAACACCAAAGACGAUAACGAUGAAAUUAGAGAUGAUGCGAGAGAUGGCAGCGGUCUUGUCCACCGCGUUAAGAGAGAGAGAAAAAAAAAACAACGGAA